AGCUACACUAUCAACAUGUCGACCAGCAAGAGACUGCCUACAACUUCCGACUUCCCGUCCAACUGGACUUUGACCGUCUCUCCUCCUCCGAGCUCGCAACGACCGACCAAUAUCCUCAUUCUCCUCCAUGGCUUGGGCGAUGCCCAUCUUCCNUUUGCCCAGCUUGGCACUCAGAUGAAUCUCCCCGAGACAGCAUGCAUCUCUAUCAAAGCUCCUGAACCUCUUCCCUUCGAAGCGUCGUCUUUCCACUGGGGUGACGAUGUCAUAUUCGACAACACGGUCGGUACUAUCGAUCCUGACGGUGGCUUCCAGAAGGUUGUUCCAAGACUUAUCAAGGAAAUCAUCGAGGACACUUUGGUCAAGAAAUGUGGCUAUCAACCUCGUGAGUUGAUGCUCUUUGGGUUCGGCCAAGGUGGUAUGGUAGCUCUCAAUACUGCAGUAAGUAUGGAGAAAGAGCUAGGCGGUGUCAUCAGUGUCGGCGGCCCUUUGCCCAGUGAAGCUCCUGCUUCUCUCUCUCCGAAAUGCAAGACUCCAAUCUUGGUCUGCUCAGGCAAUGACAGCCCUUGGGUCAAUUCAUCGGCCGAAGACAAGUUCAAGGCAGUAUUUGAGUCCGUCCAGCUCAAUCGCUACAAAAGGUCUGGAGACACAAUGCCUAGGAGUCGUGACGAGAUGUAUCCCAUCAUGCAAUUCUUUGCUAGGCGUCUCAAGAGCUCUGCAGGUGUCCCAGAAGGCAGUGUUGAACUGACAGCUUGA